UGCCUACAUAAUCAUGUGCCUCUUUAUUUUUUUUUUUUCUUUUUUGUCCUUUUUUCACCUUUUAAUAAUGUACAAGGCAACAGCACUUUCUUCACAGAGUCCUGAAUUUAAAGGCAUUGCUGGCCUAAAUAUCAUUUAUGAGGCUGGCCUUGACCCUGAAAGUCGACCCAUCUUGGUAUUAUGUGCUGACAAUUUACCUAAUCCUGACAUUUAUGAUUAUGAUUUGAUAUUAUCCUUUAUUAUGGCGAGAUUAGAUGAAUUUGUAGAAAACGAUUACGUUCUCGUCUUCUUUUCUUCGCCCGCCAGAUAUCGUCCCGGCUGGUUUUGGUUGUUGAAGGCUUAUCGUUCUUUGGAUAGAAAAUACAAGAAAAAUCUUAAAGCGUUAUAUGUCGUUCAUCUGACAAGGAUGUAUCGUAUCAUAUUUGAUCUUGCAAACAGAAUUGUCAGCCCGAAGUUUGCACGAAAAUUAAAUUAUGUGUCCAGUUUGAGUCAAUUAGCAGCUCACAUCAAGUUGGAUUCAAAGUUUAUACCUCAACGUGUUGUCGAAUAUGAUCGUCAAUUACCAGUCAUGAAUCAAGCAUCUCCAUUGACUGGUUAUAGUGCGUCAUCCACAUCUUUAGCAUUCGGACGAACACUGGAAGAACUGGCAAGCAUCGAAGGAAAGGAUGUCCAUGGUUAUAUUCCAAGAAUAGUGUUACAGAUUACAGAUCACAUUCGUAAACAUGGUAUGGAUAAGGAAGGUAUCUUUAGGAAAUCACCUUCCAGUGAAGAACUACGAUCAGUGAAAAAAGCGUACAAUCAAGGACUAGAAGUCGAUCUUUGCCAAUAUGAUAUAGAUGUGCCAGCAGCACUCUUGAAAGUGUUUAUCAGAGAACUUCCUGAGCCUUUGAUAAGCUUAAGCUUUAGUGACAAAAUGGGCCCAGUGCCAGAUGCCAGUAUAUGCUCUCAAAAUACAUUGGAUAAAAUAAAGGCGAGUCUAAGAGAGUAUUAUGAUCAAAAACCAGCUCAUUUUCAACUUUUGGGCUAUUUAUGCAAGUUUUUAAAAGAAGUUUCUGAAAAUUCUAGCAGGAAUAGGAUGAACAUUCACAAUUUAUCAGUUGUCUUUACGCCCAACAUCAUUCGAGCAGAAGAAGUAACGAGUGGAAACUAUGUGAAUGUACCAGAUAAUCAGCACUCUGCCUUGGAAAAUGCAACCGUCUAUCUAAAGCAGAUGAGUCAGGGCAUGUCACUUGUUGAGCUCCUGAUAGCCAAAAAUCAAGACAUAUUUUGAAUGACAGCUUAAAAAAAUGCCUUAUUUGAAACAAGCUCCAUGCUGACUUAAAAAAAAUACAAAAAUAAAAAUUUACUUCUCUCGUCAUUUUAUUUCUUUUUUUUUUUCUU